UCUCUUUUUUACUUUUUUCAGAACCUGCAAAAUCCCCAGAGAGAGGGAGAGAGAGAUCCGUUUUCCGCUCUCGUUAGAAACCCUAGAUUUUUCUUUUCUACCACUCGAUUCUUCCAAUCUUUCAUCAGAGCAAGGCCAAUACCAGUCCUUAUCGUGAUAUGCACUGGUUUCAAAUAAUACUUUAAACCUUGCUCAGGAUACCGAGAUUUCUUAUAAUUCCUUGGUUGCAUGAUGGAGGUCAUUUCCCAAACACCAUCCCAUUAUAUUCGUUCAGAGGCAUCACGCUAUAAAGUUGAGCAGAAUGUUGCAUUUAUCAUGUCAGGCAAUACGGAAAGUUAUAGCGUUUUGAGGGAUAAAGCAUCCAAACCAAAGGGAAGUCGGUUACGGUUUUCCUCCUUGCCAUGGAAUGCCGAGAAAAUGUCAAGAUCGUUGCAUUUAGAUGCCGCAGGAUGCAAUAGAUGGCAUCGGAUGGUUGUUGCUGCAAGCCCUCCCACAGAGGAUGCUGUAAUUGCUACAGAACCAUUGACAAAGGAGGACCUUGUGGCAUACCUUGCCUCUGGGUGCAAGACAAAGGAGAAAUGGAGGAUAGGUACUGAACAUGAAAAGUUUGGUUUUGAGAUUGGAACCUUACGUCCAAUAAAAUAUGAACAAAUUGCUGACUUGCUAAAUGGUCUUGCUGAGAGAUUUGACUGGGAUAAAAUAAUUGAAGGGGAUCAUAUUAUUGGACUAAAACAGGGGAAGCAAAGCAUAUCACUGGAGCCUGGUGGCCAAUUUGAGCUUAGUGGUGCACCCCUUGAAACACUGCACCAAACAUGUGCUGAGGUUAAUUCACAUCUGUAUCAGGUAAAAGCUGUAGCAGAGGACAUUGGAAUUGGAUUCUUAGGAAUUGGCUUUCAGCCUAAAUGGAGACUAAAAGAUAUACCGAUAAUGCCCAAGGGAAGAUAUGAGAUUAUGAGGAACUACAUGCCCAAAGUGGGUUCCCUAGGACUCGAUAUGAUGUUCCGAACAUGUACUGUUCAGGUCAAUCUUGACUUCAGUUCUGAAUCAGACAUGAUAAGGAAAUUCCGUGUUGGUCUUGCUUUGCAGCCUAUUGCAACCGCACUAUUUGCUAAUUCACCCUUCACUGAAGGAAAACCAAAUGGUUACCUCAGUAUGAGAAGCCAUAUUUGGACUGAUACAGAUAACAAUCGCGCAGGGAUGCUUCCUUUUGUUUUUGAUGACUCUUUUGGGUUUGAGCAGUAUGUUGACUACGCCCUUGAUGUUCCUAUGUAUUUUGUUUAUCGGAAUAAGAAGUAUAUUGACUGUACUGGGAUGUCUUUCCGGGAUUUUCUGGCUGGGAAACUUCCUUCAAUUCCGGGUGAAUUGCCGACACUUAAUGAUUGGGAGAACCAUUUAACAACAAUUUUUCCUGAGGUUAGGCUAAAGAGGUACUUGGAGAUGAGAGGUGCAGAUGGAGGACCUUGGAGAAGAUUAUGUGCUCUGCCAGCUUUUUGGGUUGGAUUGUUAUAUGAUGAGGUUUCUUUACAAAAUGUUUUGGAUAUAACAAGUGAUUGGACUGCAGAAGAGAGGCAAAUGUUGAGGACCGAGGUAACAAAAACUGGUCUAAAGACACCGUUUCGGGAUGGCCUGCUAAGACAUGUUGCAGAAGAUGUUAUGAAGUUGGCUAAGGAUGGCUUGGAAAGAAGAGGUUACAAGGAAAGUGGGUUCUUAAAGGAAGUAGCAGAAGUGGUUAGAACAGGAGUUACACCCGCUGAGAAGCUUCUAGAGUUGUACCAUGGGAAGUGGGGAUGCAGCGUGGACCCUGUCUUCGAGGAGCUGCUCUACUGAGGUGAAACGAUUCGCCAUUCGUCUGCCCCCACUUUCAUAUCUGUGCAUUCUCAUGUAAAGCUCUCCCUUGAUUCUGUUUCCAGGGAGUAGUAAUUUCAAUAAUUUAUUGUUAUUAUAAGCUGAAGUCUGCAUUUGGCUCAUGGGCAUUUCGGGUGACGAGAAUAAUAUCCAAUUUCAGAAUUUCUACUCUUUCUAGAAUUUCAAUAUUCAUGAAACAAGGCUCUUCUGUUUGUUGUAUUUCAAAGAAACAGCUCUUCCAUAUCCAGAUUAACAUUGUUUCAUGAAUAUUUGGAAAUUCUACCACCAGUUGAAACCUUGAAAAUUGCGAUAUGUUUUUUAAAUACAUGAGCCAAACGUAGCCUAAAGCAUCUCUCAUCUUCAUGAGAGAAUAUAGCUUUGUAUGUUGUUCCAACCUCAACUUUGAGGGAGAAUCUCUACAAAAAACUUCUGUGUUUUUGCCCCUUUGGAUGUCGACUUCUUAUUUGCCCAGUUCUCCACCCGAGUUUCCAUGACUAGCAUGACUCGUUGAGUUGGUUGAAAACUCAGCUGACUCAAUGUGACUAGGCAUGGCUCCGUCAAGCCACUCAAUGUCCUGGGUAUCAUUUUUAAAAGUUUGGAAGUCCUGAUGAUCAAACCCUUGAAAAGCCUCAGGUAAGAAUAAGAUUGUCAUGCCAUGUUGCCAAUGAACCCAACUAAAGUUUCUGUUAUUUGGCUUAUUUUAAAUGUUAAUUAAUUUUUACUGAGUA